CACACACACACGUGUAUGACUUCUCGUCUGCACCUAGAGCUUGUUUAACUCUGGGCUUGGUAGAUCAGAUUCAGGUGGUACACGAACACGAUUGAACGCGCUGAACAUGUUCAAUGUCUGGGAUUGGAUUUGGAUCCUGGUAAAACAAGUUCAAUUUUUUCUCAAAUCGUAACAAUCGACCGAUCAAUUUAGGGCUUCUUGGUUCGAAGAUCUUCUCUCCACACAAACUCGAAUUCGAGGAAGAAGAAAGCCAAAAACCCAAUUCUAUCGAGUUUUAGGAACGCGAAGACCACUGCAUCCUCUCCGCCAGCAAGUAAUUUUGUAAUUGAUUCACUGGAGAGAAAAAAAAAAAAAAAAAAAAAAAAAAAAAAAAAGAUUUUUUUCAUAGAAAUAAAUCUUAAACUACCAUUUGGUGGACAUGAUUGGGCAGGGGGGGAGAUGAAAUGUGGUUGGUGAUAUGGUGGAUUGUCGAGACAGCGUGCAUAGUGGUAAUGAAGUGAGUGGAAACAUGGUUGAUGUAGAUGAAGCAUGUGCUAGAGAUGAGGGGGUUGUUAAUUCCCUCAAAAAGGACAUUGUAGUUAUUGAAGGGGAUACAGAUUUUGAGCCACGUAAUGGAAUCGAAUUUAAUUCACAUGAGGCAGCAUAUUCAUUUUAUCAAGAAUAUGCGAAGUCCAUGGGAUUUACCACCUCAAUAAAAAACAGCCGCCGUUCAAAGAAAUCAAAAGAAUUUAUUGAUGCCAAAUUUGCAUGUUCCAGAUAUGGAGUCACACCAGAAUCAGAUAAGGGCAGCAGUAGGCGCCCAGGUGUUAAAAAAACAGGCUGCAAAGCCAGCAUGCAUGUGAAGAGACGGAAGGAUGGAAAAUGGUAUAUUCAUGAAUUCAUAAAGGAGCAUAAUCAUGAGCUUUUACCAGCCCUUGCAUACCAUUUUCGAAUUCAUAGGAAUGUAAAAUUGGCUGAAAAGAAUAAUAUUGACAUUUUGCAUGCUGUUAGUGAACGGACAAGAAGGAUGUAUGUUGAGAUGUCUAGGCAAUCUGGUGGAUAUCAAAAUGUUGGCUUUCUCAGCAAUAACAUGCAUUCUCAGUUUGAUAAAGGGCGAUACUUGGCUUUAGAGGAGGGAGAUGCACAAGUUAUGCUAGAGUAUUUCAUGCAUAUCCAGAGGGAGAAUCCCUAUUUUUUCUAUGCAAUAGACUUGAGUGAAGACCAGCGUCUAAGAAAUUUGUUCUGGGUCGACGCUAAAAGUAGGAAUGAUUAUGUCAGUUUCAGUGAUGUGGUUUGUUUUGACACCAGUUACAUCAAAGGAAACGAUAAAAUGCCAUUUGCCCCUUUUAUAGGGGUGAACCAUCACUUUCAGUCCAUGUUACUUGGAUGUGCUUUGGUUGCUGAUGAGACUAAUUCAACAUUUGUUUGGGUAAUGAAGACAUGGCUCAGAGCAAUGGGCGGGCAAGCUCCCAAAGUGAUAAUUACUGAUCAAGACAAAGCCUUGAAGGCGGCAAUUGAAGAAGUUUUCCCAAAUGCACGUCACUGCUUUUCUCUUUGUCAUAUAUUGGAAAAGAUCCCUGAAACUCUCGCUCAUAUAAUAAACCGGCACGAGAAUUUUAUGGUGAAAUUCAACAAAUGUAUUUUUAAGUCUUGGACGGAUGAACAAUUUGAUAUGAGAUGGUGGAAGAUGGUCAAUAAAUUUGAGCUUGGAGAUGAUGAAUGGAUUCGUUCAUUGUAUGAAGAUCGCAAAAAAUGGGUGCCUACUUAUAUGAAGGAUGUCUUUUUAGCUGGAAUGUCAACAACUCAACGUUCUGAAAGUAUAAUCUCUUUCUUUGACAAAUACAUUCAAAAGAAAAUUACUCUCAAAGAGUUAGUAAGACAAUAUGGGACAAUUCUUCAAAAUAGGUACGAAGAGGAAGCCAUAGCUGAUUUUGAUACUUGGCAUAAACAGCCGGCAUUAAAAUCUCCUUCACCUUGCGAAAAACAAAUGUCGACAUUAUAUACGCAUGCAAUAUUCAAGAAAUUCCAAGUUGAGGUUUUGGGUGUAGUUGGAUGCCAUCCUAAAAAGGAGAGCGAAGAUGGAACAAGUAUAACAUUUAGAGUUGAUGAUUGUGAGAAGGGUGAAAUUUUUAUGGUCAUAUGGGGUGAGACAAAGUCAGAGGUUUCUUGUUCAUGUCUUAUGUUUGAAUACAAAGGUUUUCUGUGUAGGCAUGCAAUGAUUGUUCUCCAAAUUUGUGGCCUUUCAAGCAUUCCAUCUCACUAUAUUUUGAAGAGGUGGACAAAAGAUGCAAAGAGCAGGCAAUCAAUGGUAGAAGGAACAGAGAGAAUGCACACUAGGGUGCAACGGUACAAUGAUUUAUGUAAACAAGCCAUUGAAUUGGGUGAAGAAGGAUCCUUAUCUGAAGAGAGUUAUAAUAUUGCAUUUCGCGCACUAGUUGAAGCUCUGAAGAACUGUGUGAAUGUUAAUAAUAAAACUGCUGCAGAAUCUAGCAGCAAUGCUCUUUGUCUCCGUGACAUGGAAGAAGAGAAUCAUGGAAGCCUUGCAACCAAACCAAGUAAGAAGAAGAAUGCAAACAAGAAAAGAAAGGUACAAUUGGAGCCAGAAGCUAUAAUUGUUGAGGCACAAGAUGGCUUGCAGCAAAUGGAAAAUCUGAGCUCAGAAGGAAUAACCCUUAAUGGCUAUUAUGGGACACAGCAGAAUGUGCAAGGACUGAUACAAUUGAACUUGAUGGAGCCACCGCAUGAUGGUUACUAUGUUAAUCAACAGAGCAUGCAAGGGCUGGGACAAUUAAAUUCUAUAGGACCAAGCCAUGAUGGUUUUUUUGGCGCUCAGCAAAACAUGCAUGGACUGGGACAUUUGGAUUUUAGACCACCAACCAGUUUCAGUUACAGCUUGCAGGAUGAGCCCAAUUUGAGACCUACUCAGUUGCACAGCAAUGCUUCAAGACAUGCAUAAAGGAAGAAAUGUCUUUCUUGAUUUCCGAAGCUUGUAGGUGGUUACAUUAUCCCGGUUCGAAUUCAGAAAGUGGUUCCAGAAUUCAGCACUAGUCUUUUGUUGGAGGAUAAAAAGAUGGGUAAUAUCUUUAAACGGCAAAUUGAUUCCAGUAUCUUCUGUGGGGAGUUUGUUUCCCAGGUAAAGGCUAGCUGUACAUUCCUUUUUAUGUAAUGUUACACAUCACUGCACUAGUGAUGGCAACGCAUUAGGAGAUCAGCAGGAGCAGGGUAUAUCUGGACCAUUAAAUGAAUAGGUCUCUGGGGUACGGAAACACAUUAUAAGAUAUUAUAAAUAUGGUGUUGUGAAAUUUUGAGGAGGAUAAUUUAUUGUGUUUUGCAGGUGAUGAUUGGGGCUGACGCCAACUAAAGUAUACACUUCUUCCUGCAUCAUAUAGAUGGCAGAAUUGCCGCGAUGAUCUCUUCUAUACUGCUGUCAAUGCUCUUAAGUUAUUAAAGUCUGAAAUUGAUUUGGUUUAAGAGGGCAGAUCUGUUUGAAUCCAUGUAUUAAUAACAUUGACAUUCUGUUGCAAUUGAUGUACCAUAUGUUGCCAGGGAAA